AGCCAUUUUGGCUGAAGCUUCACAGAAAGCCACGUGUAUAGCUUUGCACAUUCGUCGUCACAAUGGCAGAGGGGCCGCCCUCCAGCUUAAAUGACUUCUUCAAGAAGGACAAGAAGAAGAAGAUCAAGGGCUCAAACCUGAACAACUCCAUGAAUGACAAGCCUGCCGAAGAGAAGAAGGAAACCAAGAAAACGAAGGCUGACGAGGAUGAUGGCUGGCACGAAGAGGAAGUCGUGCAAGCGACCAUGAAGGUGGAAUCCGCAGGUAAGUUGGUGAGGGAGGAGGAGCAGGACAAGGUGGAGGAAGCCUCAUCGAAAGCAUGGGGCGUGAUCAAGAACAAGGAGCAGACCAACCCCAAGGAUGAAAGGAAAUAUCCGUCCCUGGCGAAGUCAGUGGCUUCAUCGGCGAUCCACCUCGAAGACAAGAGUGGGCAGGUGAACAUUGCAACCUCGAAGAAUAUCUUCGCCUCCCUUGAGAACGAGGAUGAUGAUGACGAAGAUGGACCUAAGCGCCCAAAGGACAUCAAGCCUGCGCUGGUCAGCAAGAAGAAGGGCGAAAGAGAGAAGGAUGCCAUCCAGCGGGAAGUGAGCAAGUACAAGGAUCCCAAGAAGGAGGGCAAGGAAGAGGAGGAGGCGGAAGUCGAGGGCGAUGCAGAAAAGGAGGCAAAGCCCAAAAAGAAAGAGGAGAAGAAGGCGAAGUCUAGUGUCUUGAAGCCCAGCAGCAAGGCGCAGGAGGAGAAUCAGGCGGAUUUGCAAAUCCAGCCGGACCAUGCAGCCGUCAAGGCCAAGUACAUCGGUAGAAUCAAGUUGCCACGGAAGCAAUUGCCCGAAUCAGAGCUGGCAGAGAAAGAGAACCGGCCAACCGGUAAGAUCGUGGGCAAGAAGAAGAAGUGGGCGGAUGAGGAAGAAGAUGAUAAGAAUUUCGAGUAUGUGGAUGAAUUGCGAGUAGAAGAUGAUGAUGAUGACUAGAUUAGAUCUUGAGGAGAGCAAAAUAGCAUGAGCUUAAGCCGUAAGCCCCUGCUGCAAACAGCCAGGGCGGCGCCGCGACCCAAUUCGGACAGAUGGCAGCCGGCCGCGCAAAAAAAA